AUUGAGUUUGCUUUGUGAAUCUCAGACUAGUUUUCAAGUAUUCACUUUAAUGGAACCCCAGAUGUCAACUAAUGAACUUUCUCGUCAACACCACCUCGUCGAUCAGUCUCCAUCCCAAUUCGGAUAUGGGAAUUAUGGGUGCUCACACUAAGGAGGAGAUGCAAGAUCAUAGCGUCCUGUUGCGGUGACAUCUUCGAUUGCAGACAUUGCCAUAACGAAUCUAAGAAUUCGAUUGAAGUCGAUCCUGUUGACCGCCAUGACAUUCCUCGCCAUGAUGUGAAGAGGGUAAUCUGUUCCUUGUGUAGCACAGAGCAAGAUGUUCACCAGAUGUGCAUUCACUGUGGUGUUUGCAUGGGUAGAUACUUCUGUUCCAAAUGCAAGUUUUUCGAUUAUGAUGUAUCAAAAAAUCAAUACCAUUGUAAUGAAUGUGGUAUCUGCAGAAUUGGAGGUGAAGAGAACUUUUUUCACUGUAACAAAUGCGGAUGUUGUUAUUCAUCGUUAUUGAAGGAUUCACACCGCUGCAUUGAAAAAGCAAUGCAUCACAAUUGCCCAGUUUGCUUUGAGUUUCUUUUUGAUACAACGAAAGACAUUACCGUGUUGCCAUGUGGUCACACCAUACAUUUGGGAUGUGUGAGACAAAUGGAACAGCAUUUGCAGUAUUCAUGCCCUGUUUGCUCAAAAUCUUUUUGUGAUAUGUCGCGUGUGUGGGAGAAUCUGGAUGAGGAGGUUGCAUCAACGCCUAUGCCUGAAAUGUAUCAAAAUAAAAUGGUUUGGAUUCUUUGCAACGACUGUGGGGAAAUUUCUGAAGUAAGUUUUCAUAUUGUGGCGCACAAGUGCCUUAAAUGCAAGUCCUAUAACACGAGAAAGACAGCAUCUGCUUCUUGCUCAUCCAGGAUGGAAGAGAUGAUUAGAUAAUUGACUCUUUAACAUCAAGUUGAAACGCUUCUUGAACAUCAAUUUUAUUAUCUUCACGUGGGAUUAAUUAAAGCCAUGGCGCCUAAUUACUUCGUUAUUAUCUCUUUUCCCUCAAAAAUUCUCCUAAUUUAUUA